UUAAACCCUCUUUCAUUUUCUUUCCCACUCCCCCUCUCUGAACUCUCUAUCUCUUCUGAUAAUUAUGUCUUCUUCGGAAAUCGUUAAGAAUCGAUUCCUAGGGCUUCUGAUAUGGCAAUCGAUCCACUCAACCUUCAUUUUUCUCUUCUGCAAGAUCUUUCUCCUAUCCCUUUUCACUAGAAACCCCUUCUCGCCCUCUUUCCUUAGCAUUCUGUUCUUCAUCGUCUUCCACUUCUCUCUCCUCUUCUUCUCUUCAUCUCUCUUCAUCGUCUCCUCUCCCCAACCCGAUCGCCCCGUUUCGCUCCCCGAACUUGGCCUUGGACUCGUCCGCUUCAUUCUAAACUGGGUCGUCGGCGGCGGGUCGCCGGAGCUCUCUUCCCCCAGUUUCCGUCGCCGGGUGAGAACAUGGCUAAGUUUUAUUCUCUUGGUGAUGGCCUCUAGUGCAUCGGGAUUCCUGUCGGUGGUUUGUUUGUGCGGGAACUCAGAGGCGAUUAGUGAACUGCCAUUAUUCGGGUUAGGGUUGAGAGGUUUAGCUCUUGGAUUUAUUUAUGGAGUUUUUUAUAUUUAUAAGCAGCGGUGGUUCUUAAGAUUUCCAAUUAUUCAGCGUCCUCCAUUCUUCAGUUUUAAAAUGGGUCUCCCUUCAGCUGUUAGGCAAUCUUUAAAGCUAUCAAGUGCAGCUUUCCUAGUAUCAACUCUUCUGGUGGUAUUGUUGCCAGAUCAAUUUAAGAGCAAGAGUACAAUCAGGCAGUUCAUUAUUGAGCAGAUCAUCUUUUAUGUUGGAAGUUCUGCAGUUUCUCUAUGUUGGGAACUAAGUCAUCAUUUACAUCAGGUUCUACAUACAAAAAGGUGCAUAUUUGCACCUCCUAAAGGAUCAGCUGCAGCAGAAACAAAUCCAAGCGAACCACUCCUUGCAGCUCUGGAGGAGAGCACUCCAAGAUCUCUUCUGCAAUAUCUUGCAUAUUUUGACCUCUGUAUGGUUUGUGAGAGUAAUGUUGAUACCUGGCGUAGAGCUGCCUUCUUUGAAGAAACUGGUGAGACUUACAAAAGAGUUGUUGCUGUGUGCUUAAGGCCUCUAGAAAAGCUAACAUCAAAUCUUGGUGAAGGGUUGGAAGGUUGUUUAGGGGACAAGACAGAUCAAUUAGCUCAUCAGUUAUGGUCACCAUCCAAUGCACGCUUGGAGUCCAAGCUUUUUGAAAUGUUUGAUGACUUCCAGCUAUAUGCAUGGUGUGCAAGGACAGUUGCAGGGCUAACUGCAAGAUCACACAAGGAGGACAGGUUUGGUGUUGCUCAACUUUCUGGUUGCAAUGCAUCUGUUAUCUCAACCCUACUUUCUUGCCUGCUUGCUGUUGAGGCUUGCAUGGGGAAGAAAACCAAUUUGCAACCACCUAAUUUAGUGGGCCCUGCUAGUAUCAAGUGGGCCACAUCAAGCACUGGAAGAAGGGAAGGGUCGCCAGGCGUUAUGAGUAGAAGAAAAGGUGGGCCUUUGCAUUCCAAGGCAUAUGCCAUGGCUGACAUCUUCAGGACAUCAAUCUAUGGCAUUGUAGCCGUAUUUCAUGAUGACAUGCUGAGAAGCAUGAAGACUGGGAUCCUUGACAAGGAUUGGAUCAUUACUAGCAAGCCUUUAUAUGGGACUCGCGAGAUACUUGUACAGAAACUUAGUCUUUUUCUGGAUUACCGAGCGACCUAGCUAAGCACAGCUAUUUGCCAAGGAUUUGUUGUUUCCAUUUUCCUCAAUAAGGAAAUCAGUUUUGGAAAGAACGUUCUAUUUGGGGCUUGGAGAGCAGGUCUAAGUGAAAUUUUCAUUGGACUAGAAAGCAAGUUUCUCAGUUUCAUUGUAUCUAGGAUCAUGCCAUCAUGGCAUGUUCUGUCUAGAAAAAAACUUGCCUGGAAAAUAUCGUUGAGUUGGAUUAUAUCUUCUCCCCUGUCAAUGGUUUAAAGGAUAUUUUUUGUUCAUAAAUCUGACAUUCUACUUUCUAA